CAUCUACUUUCUCUCCUUUACAACCAUUCUUAUCUCCUCUCUUCUUAUCCCUCAUUCCCUGCAAUAUUCUUCCGCAUCUUUAGAUAGACUCAAAUCCUCUUUCUUUCUAGCCAAGGAAUGUUGUAGGGGAAAGGAAUUCUUUAAUUCCUGUUUUAAUUGGAGUGGUUUUUAAGAAUUGGGGAAACUACUUUUUGGAGUUUUGGAGGUUUUUGAGUAUCGGAAAAAAUGGCUUCUUAUGACAAUUUGAUGACGAUGGAGCCGUGGGCUUUUCGUUCCGCAUUCGGCGAUUCUUGGUAUUCCGACGUGUUUGCUCGCGAAACUGAUGCUCUGACGAAGGUUCUCCAGAAAUCGCUGUCUUCUCCGGUGGCUCCGCCACCGCAGGCGGCGGCGGAGGGGUUCGCCGCUGAGAUGGUGUUUUCUGUCGCGGUGCCUGAGACGACGCCGGUUCAGACUCCCAGCGCUUCCGGUCCGACCGGUUCAGGUGGUUCGGAGAACGAAACUGCCGGUUCGAAAAGGCGGAACGUGGGCCCCAGCGGGAAGAUCACGAAGCGCAAAUCUCGCGCCGCGAAACGCGCAACUACCACGUACAUAACCGCCGACGCUGCGAACUUCAGGCAGAUGGUGCAGCAGGUGACCGGCGUGAGAUUCGGCGGCGCCGGAAAGCUGCCGGUGCCUCCCAUCCUUAAACCGGAGCCUCACCGCGCCGUCAACCAGCUUCCGCCGCACACCGCCGGCUGCUUGCCCACCCUCGACACCUCAGCUUUCUUACUCGACCAGAAACAACACCUCGGCUCCUCCCCGGCGUCUCUAAUCCGGCCAACAACGCUGACUUCUCCUCCGCCUCCGACGGUGGCCGACGGCGGCGUGACGGGCUUUGACUUUGACGCUUUCUCAAGCUUCCCCACGCUGGAGUCCUGGAACUAAUGUAGUAAUGCAGUAACUCGUAGUUUUACUAAUACACCCUCGUCUGUAAUUCUGAUUUUCAUUUUCAUUUUAAUAUCUUCGGUAAUUAGUGAGUUAGUAGAAGGGUAAAACUGAAAAUUCUGUUAAUACUAUGUAGCAGCGGGGGCAGGAAAGGAAAGGAAAUGUGUCUUUUUAAUUUUAACUUAUAAACUGUAAUUUCUUUCUUUAAUCAUUAUGGAGUAUUAUUACUAGAAAAA